GCAAAGGACAGUGACGAUGAUGAUGAAGUCACCGUCAGCGUGGACCGGGACCGCUUUAUGGAUGAGUUCUUCGAGCAGGUGGAAGAAAUUCGAGGGUUCAUCGAUAAAAUUUCGGAGAACGUGGAGGAAGUGAAGAGGAAGCACAGCGCCAUUCUCGCUUCGCCCAACCCCGAUGAGAAAACAAAGGAGGAACUGGAAGAGCUGAUGUCUGACAUAAAGAAGACAGCGAACAAAGUGCGCUCCAAGCUAAAGAGUAUUGAGCAGAGUAUUGAACAAGAGGAAGGGUUAAACAGAUCAUCUGCUGAUCUGCGGAUAAGGAAAACUCAGCACUCGACGCUGUCGCGGAAGUUCGUGGAGGUGAUGUCCGAGUACAACGCCACGCAGACCGACUACCGGGAGCGCUGCAAGGGCAGGAUUCAGAGGCAGCUGGAGAUCACUGGCAGGACCACCACCAGCGAGGAGCUGGAGGACAUGCUGGAGAGCGGCAACCCAGCCAUCUUCUCCUCUGGGAUCAUUAUGGAUUCAAACAUCACCAAGCAGGCACUGAACGAGAUUGAGACACGGCACAGCGAGAUCAUCAAACUGGAGAACAGCAUCCGAGAGCUGCACGACAUGUUCAUGGACAUGGCCAUGCUGGUGGAGAGCCAG